AUGUCUUUAACCCAACACGUCACGGCCAAUGAGGGCGUGGAUCGCGAAAUCGGCGAUACCCUUUUCGACGCCCCGGAACGCCGCCUGAGCGUCCAAAGCCACGUUCUGAGCUUCGACCCGUUUCCUCUACUGUCGACUGAGGCACCUCCGACGGGUCGGGAAGCGGCGUAUAAAGUUCCGGUUUUUAAACGAUUAGUGCAAGUAUCAAUUGCCGUGGUUGUGUGCUGGCUGGCGUCCGGUAUCGUCUUUGGCUUUGCGGCAUUGAAGCCGGUACUAAUCGCCGAGGGCGUGUAUCAAGAGCUGUGUACAGAUGAUGAGGGGGGUGAAACCGGUACGGGGUGCGUUGAGCAAGAUAUUAGGUUAAACCUAUUCUUCACCGUCGCCUCCGUCGCCACCAACGUCUCCGCACUCCCCAUCGGCGCCAUCCUCGACCGCUAUGGCCGCCGCGUCCUCUACGUCGCCGGGAGCAUCCUCCUGGCAGCCGGCAGCGUAUUGAUGGGCCUCGCCUUCGCCAUUCCCGCGUUUGACGGCUACAUCGUCGCGAACAUCCUCCUCGCGCUUGGUGGCAGCGCGAUCUUCAUCCCGUCAUUCCAGCUCGCGUACGCCUUCCCCAAGCACUCCGGUAUCAUCGUGGCGCUUGUGACCGGCAGCUUCGACGCGUCGGCGGCGGUGUUUCUGUUCUAUCGGCUGGCGUACGAGGCGUCCGCGCGGGUGUUUGCGCCGGCGUAUUUCUUCUUCGGGUAUACGCUGGUUCCUGUGCUGAUCGUGGUCCUGGAGUUCCUGGUCAUGCCGCCGAAGAGCUACCAUACGGGGCCGGAGCUGCGGCAGAAGAUCGAGAAGGCGCAGGAUUCGAUGCGGGAUAUUCAUGACUCGGACGACGAGAUCGAGAGUAGGGCGGAGCUGCGGCAGGUAAGGGCGGAGCGAGCGAAGCGGAGGGAGAGGAGGGCUAGUCAGCUGGAGGAGCUGGUCGGAGUCGAGGCCGAGCGGAUCGAAAAGGCCGAAUAUGAAAAAGAACGCCGGAUCGUUAGCGAAGUUUGGGGCGUGCUCCACGGGCAGCCAGCGCAUAGGCAGAUGCUGUCACCAUGGUUUAUCGGACUCCUACUCCUCACGAUGCUGCAGAUGCUACGGAUGAACUACUUCAUCGCGACACUGGACUCCCAGUACUCGUUUUUAGUAGGCGAAGACCGAGAGCGGCAGAUUGCGGUAUUUUUCGACUUCGCGCUCCCGAUCGGCGGCGUUGCCGCCACGCCUUUUAUUGCGGUCCUCUUGAAUCAUCUUAGCGUGCCGGCCGUUCUUGGAGUUAUUGUUGUGCUUAUCACGGCUAUCGGCGUCGUCAAUUGUCUGCCGUUCAUCUGGGCAGGUUAUAUCACCGUGGUUCUAUUCGUCAUCGCUCGGCCGUUCUAUUACUCCGCCGUGUCCGACUACGCCACCAAAGUCUUCGGCUUCGCCACCUUCGGCCGCAUCUACGGCGCCAUCAUCUGCUUUUCCGGACUCAUCAACUUCUCCCAAUCCGGCCUGGACGCCCUGACCCUCGAUCUUAUGAGCGGCAAUCCCACUCCGGUGAAUGCCGGUAUGACCAUCGCUGGAGCGAUCAUCGGGGGCGCCUUGACGGUAUUUGCGGCUGUCGAGGGUCGACAUGUCCGAGAGAAGCAGAUGGAGGAGGAUGCGGAUGCGGAGCGGCAGAGCUUGCUGCCAAUCGAUGAACAUCGUGUGAUGUACCUGUGAGAUGACUGAACAUGGAAUGAAAGCGUGCUUGUGUGUUUGAAGCGAUGGCAAAAGAGCAAGGUGUCUAUUUGUUAAGGUGUCUGCAUUGAAAGCUUAAUAACCUGAUUUUAGCGAGUUGGUUUCGAUUUUGGUCUUAGCUACUCCUUGCGCCAUUUGAUCAAAUUGAUGGAGACAAAGGGGGUAUCUGGAGUUAAGCGUAUAUGGUUCUUCAUAUCAUGAUAAAUUUCUCAGCGUUCGUAUAGUAUCAUAAUAUUCAGCCAGUCGAUCAUCCAUCUUCUCAAGUCCAUUUGCUUUCUAUCAUGAACUGUUCUAUCUCAAGUUCUCAUUAGCUUUCCCU